AUGUUAUGCCGACGUUUCCUCGAAUCACUGAGUGCGCCGCCGGCAGGGCUCACACUGCCGUUGGCAUCAUCACGUUUCAGUUAUCGAGUGAGUCCUGUGUUAAAUUCAAAUGCAGUUGGUGGUGACACAGGGGGUGUGGAUGACCGGCUGCACGUCACGCCCUUCUUUGCUUCACUGUUUCCUAAUCACUUUGCGGUAAUAGGGUCGUGCGCAGAAAACAACAACUCCGCACUUUCAUUAAAGUGCCCGCUCACCGCAAGGAGGGUUGCAGCGGCACCGCGCGUCACCGAACGUGUGGGGGAUAGAAAAAGCAGUGUAAAGGCACAGCCGCUUCAUCCUUGGCACGCUAUUGCAAAUAUUAAACAUGCUGUUCUCUAUGGUUCAAAUGGGGAGGACGGAGACAACAACCCCGAGCCUGAUGCAAGUGGAACAUCUCAAGCAAAAUGCUGCUCGUUUACUAUGCUCGAGGGGAGCCGUGACGCUGGAACGUCUACCGACGCGCAGCUUCACACGCGAGGGACCACGGAUUCGGAUUGCGCAGAUAAGGAAGACGAGGAGCUUUUGCUCACUGCUAUGAGGGCACGCCUGGCACGCUAUUCCGUCCGAAAUGAUCCUACCACCAGUUCCAACGCCGCUUCCAUUUGCAGUAACAAUUGCACCGAUGAAGAUACGGAGAAAGCCGCUCGCGACAGUGUGCCACAUAAGAAACCCCUUACUCUGGAGCGGGUGAUGCACGCUUCCGCCUACGCAUUUCACCACACGUUUGAGGCCCUUGUACGCGACAAGCAAGAUUGGCUGGCGGUUAAGUUGUUGCGCCGCUGGUGGCAUCACAAUCCACAUCUCUUUCCACUCGAACUGCAGUUGCAGCAGCGAAAGGAGGUUGCGGAUGUUUUGCGUAGGGUACGGCUGGGGGGAGAAAUAAUUGAUGAUCGAGACCGACAGACUAUUGCAGAGUGCUUGUCUCAAGUGCCUGCCAAGAAGUACCUGGUUUCGUCUGCGUUAUUCGGUCGUGUGUUGAUGGUUGCACUCAGAAUGGGCGACGCGGUGAUGGAAGAGGAGUUCGUACUGCGUGAAUUGCUUUAUGACGCCGUAUACGGCAUAGUUUGCGGAGGCUGCUUAGCAGGUGCUGAGGACACCUCUGAGGUUGCGGACACCAAGUCUUGCGACAUCGGCAAUAAACAUGGUGUCGGGCCCAGUGAUGAUGCUUUGGUGGUUGGUGUGGAGUCUCGAUCCUCCGAAGGGGGUCCGAAGUUUCAUCUUUACAAGGAGAAAUACGAAGACUGGCUGGUGUUCGUUGGGGCUAUUGCAGCAGCCGCGAUGCUAGAACGACAUGCGGAGAAGCUUCAACGUGAACAUAACCGCGGGUUAACAUACGAGCGUCUUGUCCGCGCCGUACGCGAAGAGUAUGCCAACUUCAUGAACAGAGCGUGCCACCCACAACAAGGGCAACAAUCGUGGUCGAGCGUUCCGUUUUCGGCGGACGUGAAGGAAAGCCUGCCGGUUUUGCCAGGCUGGGCCAAGAUGCUAUUCACAACGGUCUUCCGUUGUUACGAGGAGUCUGGAGUGUUUCAUAUUUCACCUGCCCGCCGUCCAGGCAACUGUGCUCUGCUGUGGAGGAAUAUUCAUGCAAAACUUCUGGAGAAGUUUCCACACGUUUUUCAUGCGGGAAGCACAGUCGCAACGUUGCUUUCAUUGGAGGCACUUGAGGAAGCAGCCGUGUCAGCCAUGGGUACGCGCCGUCUUUCCUUUGUUGGGAAAGAGGAGGCACUGUGCCGGUGGCGACUGGAAUGUCUAUCCUGUAAAAUCCCAUUUGAGCUGUACGGGGGUGUACUCAAUGGUGGUGAAAAUACCGAUGUGGACAAUCAGCAAAACGUGGGGGACCCAUACAAUUGGCCAUUUAGUGACUUGCCGCGUACGUACAAGCAGCGUCGAGCUCGUUUCGUUGCAUCCUACAGCACCUUCUCCCACAACGGCGACCGAGAGAACCUCGCCGCGAGUUCUUCCCUCGCGGACAGCGGCCGACACCAACUUCACUGGAAACACCGUGAGUUUUUUGGCUCUGGGGUUUGUCUUUCCUCCUCUCGACCAAACAUUCCUGUUUUCACUUCCCCAGAGGAAGUAUACCGCUGCGAGAGGGAUGCUCUGGACGAGGUUGCUGAUGCGUGGCGUUGCACGGUUGAGAUAUUUCGUGAUUACUCAUCACUGCCCUUACUUCAACUAGACCCUGCGUCCUCAGCCUUUUCGGCGAAUGACAGCUUACGGGGGUGCGAUGGCGAUACAGCUUUGGAGGUUUCUAAGCCGUCCAUGUUUGUUUUUCUGCGCCUUAUGUCCCUGUUGGCCUCGACGGGCAACCCGCCAAAUAUCACUGCUGAGAAAGGAUCGGCUGGUGAUCUGCACUUUCCUCUGGUGGAGUGUAUCGAGAGGGACAUUAUCCCUUUGUGUCAUCCGAGUGUUGCAGCACACUUGCGCCGCUGUUGUGUUACCCAUUUAUCACGAAGUGGCACGCGGGGAGUGCGGCUGCUUUUGGCUCAGCACCAAUUGCUCUUGUCGCAGAAGUUGAAUGAGGAUGCUGCCUUGGAGCGACUCCUGACCGGGUUGUUGUGGUCGGGGGGCAAUGGAAGUCACGAGGGCGUGUGUCCUCGUGGCUGCUUCUCCUUUGGAAGCGGGUCGUUAGCAUGGCAGUUUAUUGCCCAGCAGCGUCGCACUUUCUCCUCUUCAUCUGGUUGGUUUAUGCUUGAUUUGAUUCUUUCGCACUUGGUGACGCUCUCUCUCUCGAUACCUGAUGACCACAGGUGUGCGGUGUUCGUUUCAUCCAACAUGAUUGCCGUCGCAAGUGACAACGCGCGUGAAGACACCGCUGUGCAUUCUUCACUUCGGGGUGAGUUGAGUUGUAACCCGCCACCUGCACAGCAUCUGUAUGUUUCGCUACUACAGUUGCUGGCGUGGGUCGUUGAACAGGAGGAGGUAGGUAAGAUUGACAAGUGUCGGGGAACCGGAACUACAUCGGCUACUGAUGCAACCGCUGGAGUGGAUGUAGAAUUGAGCUGUGAAUGCACGGAUGGUGAGCUCCCAUCGCUGCAUGAGACUGCCCAUCACUGGCGGACUGUUCGGCGGUUCCUUUGCAAGGUUUCAGGUUCCCCAUUUUCUCGCGUUCCUUUUGCGCCAUCGGUGUUGGAACGAAUAGCCCUAAUCCUCGUUCACACCUGUCCUGACCUCGAACUGCUUUUAGGGUCAUUACUUACCCUUUUGUUACAACAUCAGAGGCAGCAGCUUAAUAAGAAACUUUUUGCCUUUUGCACGAAAUCAACAGAUGGACCAAUGAAUGCGGGGCAGGACGAUACCACGUCUCCUAUUACCCCGCGGUUGUUGUCGAGUCUUUGUGGAUUGUUGGUGAUAAAUGGAGUGAAGGGGCGUGGUGUGUUGGAGUGGCGUACCCGUAGGGGUGCUCCCAGUUGUGGCAGUGAGGAGGAAAAAGUCUCACUCUGUGAGUGGCACUGCUCCUGCUUUGAAAGUGUCAUGCAGGAUAGCCAUUCGUCUUGUGAGGGCCAAGAUACUCGUGGGAGUGGUCGUGGCGCUGCGAGUGUUGCAGGUGGCGAGGACGCGAUGGAAGUAACGAAAAUCGGGCAAACUGGAGUUGAAGCGAAGUACCUUGUGGGCAGCGUCGUGCUUGGUAUAAUCGUAGGGGACAGUAAAUGGAAGUCAUUUUCUGCUGACAACUACAACGUGGCGCUUUUUCUCGACUCAAUCCAAAAUGACGAUAGGGGUGUGUGCGCCAGGGGUUCCAGUGCUACUGACGGAAAGGGCGUUUUCCCCCUAGGAGUUGUGCUUCCGUCGGUGCAGAUGACUUCUCUAUACCCCGCGGGUGUGCGUCAACGUGUCACAAGCAUCAAAGAUGUUUUUCGGGAGAUGCAGCCCGAUCAGCGCUCACGAGUGCGGCAAUCUCUAUCGCAGAGGGAGCGUACGGAGGUGGGGGGAAUGCUUGCUGAUUUUAUCUUACCCGGGGCUGACGCAGAGGAGUGUGAUGGAGACAUUGUGCGUCAAUUCACACAACAUGGGGCUGUGAACGGGGUAUGCCACCGUGAGUAG